GGCUGCUAGUGUGAUAAACAAGAUGGCCACCGGCUAGCUCUAGCUAGCCAGCGCUACAUGGCAUCUCGCCCUGUCUUUGUGCGCGAGCGCGUUCCCCUCCGCUGGCACGCGCGGGUCCCCCUCCGGGAGGAAGAAGUCGUGAAGCUAAAAGUUCCCGCCGGUGAAUCGGGGAUGAUCCGUUAACGGAGAGAGACACCGAGACAUCGAGCUCCUUUUAACGGCGAAAAUCGUAGCAGAUUGUUUAGCAGAGUUCCGGCUGCCGGCGGCUCGAGAGGUGUUCACAGGCUGGUCGCAGUCAGCUGUGGGCGGUAACCUCAGCAGAGACGCCUGGUUGGGUUCUCAGAGGACACGCCCCCCCCCCCCCCCCCCCCCAGGACAGGUAGAUUUCUACGGAGCAGGGCGGGGAAAAGCAUCGGCGAUACGUCGGCGCAACGAGAGUGAGGCGAGGAGGUUUAGCUCCGCCCCUCACCAUGACAGACUUGGAGGCCGACUGUCUAGCCCUGGGCCUGCCCCCUGAGUGCGGCUCCCCCCCCUCCUCCCUGGACUGCGGCUCGGAGCCCGACUGCCCCGGGCUCGGCCCGCUGGCGGCGGAGAUCGCAGAGCCGCUGGCGAUGCUGCCGUGCGUGAAGAGCGAGCCGGAGGACGGAGACCUGGAGCCCAUCCGGACCGUGGACCUGUCGGAGAUCCAGCCGCUGUCCACCGCCGAGCUGGGCCAGGACCAGAUCAAGAUGGAGAUCAGCGGGCUGGACUACAUCAAGUCGGAGCAUCACCACGGCGACCACCACCUGGGCCACUUUCACCACAGCGAUGUCACGGAGCUGGACUACAAGUCCCAGUACGAGCCCGGCUCCGUGUUCGACUACAUCUCGCAGGUCACGGACACCCUGGAGUACAUCAGGUCAGACCACCACGUGGACCUGCAGUGUUACUACACCACCGAGCUGAGCGCCCUGAAGUGUGAGUACCCAGAAUCCCACAGCGGGCCCACUCGCCUGCAGCCCCACAGCCUGGAGUCCAUCCACAUGGCCGAGCUGCGCACCGAGCUCAACAAGCUGCGGCCCGACGCCCUGCUGAUGGACGCCAUGGGCAAGCCGGACUCCGAGUUUGCCGGGGGGGCGGGGGCGCCGUACGAGGCGGCGCCCGGCGAGGACGGGAAGGAGGCGGGGGCUUCGGGCUCCACGGGAAAACACCAGAACCCAGCAGCGAGGAAGCCCCGCAACCCGCAGGGCGAGAAGCCCUUCUCCUGCGCGCAGUGCGCCAAGAACUUCAGCACGCUGGGGAACCUGAAGACGCACCAGCGCAUCCACACCGGCGAGCGGCCGUACUCCUGCUCCCAGUGCGGCAAGAGCUUCGGCCAGGCCGGCAACCUCAAGCGCCACCAGCUGAUCCACACGGGCCAGAAGCCCUACGUCUGCGCCCACUGCCCCAAAGGCUUCACCAAGGCCGACGACCUGCGCUCGCACCAGCGCCUGCACACCGGCGAGCGGCCCUUCGCCUGCUUGGCCUGCGGCAAGAGCUUCGGCCAACCCAAGGAGCUGAAGGCCCACCAGCUGAGCCACACCGGCGAGCGGCCCUUCUGCUGCCAGCACUGCGGCAAGAGCUUCGGCAGGGAGUCGGGCUACCGCAACCACGUGCAGAUCCACACGGGCGAGAAGCCCUUCACCUGCUCGCAGUGCGGCAAGACUUUCAGCAACUCGGGGGUGCUGAAGACCCACGAGAGGAUCCACUCGGGCGAGCGGCCCUUCGGCUGCACGCAGUGCGGCAAGAGCUUCGGCCGCCUGGGCCACCUGAAGGCCCACCAGCAGAUCCACACCGGGGAGCGGCCCUACGCCUGCCCCCACUGCGGGAAGACUUUCAGCCAGUCGGGCCACCUCAAAGCCCACGAGCAGAUCCACAAGAGGGAGCCCAGCAGCUCCUCCUCCAGCAGCUCCUUGUCCUCCAGCAGCUCCUCCUCCUCCUCCUCCUCCGUCAGCUCUGACAGCAGCUGAGACAAACUCCACCUUUGAACCGCUCGGAUAAACAAAGUAUUAUUCCUCUUUUUUAUAAAUCCUAUAUAUAUAUACAUAAAUAUAUAUAUAUAUACAAGUUGUUUUUCUUACAUUUUCAUACUGUGUGUGUGUGUGUGUGUGUGUGUGUGUGUGUGUGUGUGUGUGUGUGUGUGUGUGUGUGUGUGUGUGUGUGUGUGUGUGUGUUUGCGCGCUCUUUGAACCGGUCCCAGUACUUUUCUGAAGUACUUCUAAACAAGCACAAAAAUACUUCAUUUCUAGUACUUUAUUUUAAUGUGUUUUUUUAAUACUGAAACCAGCAGUACCGACAGUACUUCAGAGGGAGUACAAGUACACAAAGUGUAGUUUAUUACGUUAAAUCAUCAGUUUGGUUUCAUCAUCUGAAUUUCUGACAUUAAAUUUAUUCUUUUAUGAAGAAAAUUGUGGCUUUUUCCAAGAUUGUAAAGUAAAAGAUUAACAAGAAGUUGGGUAACCACGGCAACGUGAGCCGUUAUAUUUACACCUGAUGAUUCCUCUCUAAACAUUCCACGUGCUGCCGAUGUGGGUAUAUUGAUCUGAUGUUGAUAUAUUGAUAUGUGAUUUGUCAUGUGACUCACCAGCGGUCAUAAAAGGUCCACGUUUAAGGACUCGUGCGAGUACUUGAUGAGUACCUGUGUGUACUAGUACUCGCCUUCCACCGGUGGGGACUCUGAUGUCAUCGGGACUCGAUAUUGAUCCGUAUUGAUCGAUCAGGGACAAUAAUCUGAUGACUCGACAUUCCUUCAGUUUAAACCGUUAUCUGCUCAAAGAGGACCCCCCCCCCCCCCCCCAGUCCUGAUCGCUCACUGUGUACAAAUCUUUAUUGAUUAUGUCAUUCCUAACGCAAUCUAAUAAACCUUUUUAAAAAGUGAA